AUGGAUCAUAGAAGACUAAAUGCUAUAUUGUAUAGACAAAGAGGCUCCUUUAAAAAUUAUAAAAAAUUGUUAAAUUUGAAUAUACACCUUCUAAAAACGGCUACUGACAAUGAAAAUAUCUCUAGUAUACAAAACGCUUUAUUAGGAAUAGAAACAGAAUAUGAACCUAAGGGAGAGAGUAAAUUAAUGGAGGAAAUGGCUAGUAACAUAUCAGAUGCCAUAUCAGAUGCCAUACCAGAUGUCACAUUAGAUGCCAUACCAGGUGUUACACCAGAUGCCAUACCAGAUGCCAUACCAGAUGCCAUACCAGAUGCCAUACCAGGUGUUACACCAGAUGCCAUACCAGAUGCCACAUUAGAUGCCAUACCAGAUGCCACAUUAGAUGCCAUACCAGAUGCCACAUUAGAUGCCAUACCAGAUGCCAUACCAGAUGCCAUACCAGGUGUUACACCAGAUGUUACACCAGAUUCUACAACUAACUAUCAACCAAAAAUGAAAGAAGAGGAUGUAGAAAAAAAAUACCAUUUAAAUAAAUUUACUAGUAGCCAUCAGAAUAAUGUACCAAUCAAUAACAAAUUACUUUGUUCAAUAAGCACAAUGACCACCAUUAAAGUAUUACAAGAUAUACUAAAAGAAAUUUUCCAAAAAAAUUUAAUAUCUGAAGGAUUGGAAAAAUUCAAUGGCGAAUCCAACAACACUGCUAGUUCACCCAGUACUAAAUUAUCCUUUAAGUUAGAUAUCAAAUUAUUUAGCAGUUUAUUAAAUUUAAUUUUAUAUGAAUUGGAAAUAAUACAAGAUUUAAACAUACAGAACAACGAAAUGAUUUAUAAUUUUAAACAAAUUACAAAGCUACAAUCUAAUUUAGCUUAUAGUAUAUAUUAUGAGAACACUAAUACCACUACCAUUCCAACUGGUAAUACAAAUAAUAGAAAGUAUAAGUUAGAUAAUUUAUUGGAUAGUUAUAAGAAAAAAAUAUAA